UAUCCAAUGUGGGGAGUCCUGAAGCCCUCAGGAGCAUUCGAGCUGAAUCACGGAAAGGAAAAGAUAAACGACAUAGCAAAAUUCGCUGAAAACAGUAUGAAAGCCCAAAACGUAUGGGCGUUGUCUGCCUCGAAAAUCCUUUCAAUUCUCCAACGGAAGACACAUUCAGAAGUCUGGUUUCUGGACUGGUACGCUCCAUGGUGUCCUCCCUGUUUGCAAUUUCUUCCAGAGCUUCGAAAAGCUUCUCUCCACUUUCAAAAAUCGACAAUCCACUUUGGCACAGUCGAUUGUACCGUGCACUCAUCGAUUUGUCGUCAGUACAAUAUUCGCUCGUAUCCAACUGCAAUGUUAAUCAACGGCUCCUCCACACAUCAAUUCACCCUUCAAAAAACAGCCCGAAAUAUUAUUGAGUUCAUAAAAGAGUUUAUGAAUCCCACAGUGAUGAAAUUGAAUUCCAAUAAUUUUUAUGAUACUUUGGGAAAGAAAAGCCCCAGCAAUUUGUGGGUGGUGGAUUAUUUUGCCCCCUGGUGUGGCCCCUGUCAGCAAUUGGCACCUGAGUGGACGUCAGUUGCCAAAGUUCUUCAUCUUUUGCCAUAUGUGAAAGUGGCUAGUGUCGACUGCGAAGAGAACGGGAAUCUCUGUCGUUCCCAGGGGAUCCGGAGUUAUCCCACCAUUAGAUUGUACCCAAUGGGGAGUGAAGGACUCAAUCAGAUUGCCAUGUACAGUGGAAAUAGAGACGCGAUUUCCUUGAUGAGAUGGAUAAUUCAAUUUUCGGGGAUUAGUGUUAAGGAAUUCAGUGAACGUGACUUAGAGAGGAAGGUGAUUAACAAUAACAAGAGGGAUGUGUGGGUGAUUGAUUAUUAUGCACCUUGGUGUGGACAUUGUCAAGUACUUGAACCACAAUUUGCUGUUGCUGCUAAAAUGCUUGAGGGGAGGGCAAGGUUUGGCAGAUUGAAUUGCGAAGACUCCCAGGCAAUUUGUGGAAGGGCUGGGGUCAGUGCUUAUCCAACGGUGAUCGUUUAUAGGGAUGGGGAUAAGAGGCUGAAUGGAGGUAAGAGGCUGGAAGGGACAACUGCUGAGGGGAUUAGAGAUGAAGUGGAGAUGUUGAUGAAGGAGAGGGAGAGACAUGAUGAAUUGUGAGGACAAUUUAUAGUAUUUUGCUCAGAAACUCAAUUUAUAAAGGGAAUUUAUACUAUAAUUCACAACUCGGAUUAAUGCAUUUCAUCCAGAAUUAGUUAUCUUUGAAUACAUGACGUAUGACAAAUUUAUGAUCGUCAUAUGAUCAUCAUCUCGCUUUACAAACAAUGUUCUUCCAAGAAAAUACAUGAUGAAUCUCUAUUACAGUAAAAAUAAUUACCAGGGAAAAUUUUUGGGAAAAAUACAUGGAAUACCUCAAUGAUGUAGACAAGAUGGGUUGGAAAAUCUGAAGAAAUUGGGAGUUAGAUAAUUUUAAGAUAAGAAAAUAUUUACGUAAGCAUGUAUUCAGUAGUUUUGUAUGAUUUUUAUCCACUUGUACAUAAUCGAAAUUACACAAAAGAUUUUUUCAUAAAACGAUUCACUAUGUCCACGAUUGACUCUCAAUUGUUCUCUACUAUUCCGAAAAAUUCCGUCUCCAAUCGCCAUGCUGCACGAAAUGUUUGUACAAAUUCGAAAAAUUUUGUACACAAAAUAUUUAAUUUUCGCUUAGAAAACUAGAAAUCGUUAUCUGCAGUAGAUUAAUUCAAGAAUAUUAUUAGUGUCGACAAUGAAAAAGAUCGGAGUUGUUAUUUUUAAGGAAAUUGGUCCUGAAUUUGUUCGGUAUUUCUCGUUUAUUGUGGAAGAGGUGCCUAAAUUUGUGUGUGCAUUCAGCAUCGUACUUACACAUUCGUCAGUUAUUCCGUUCGAUGAUUACUCCCGCAAUGGCCUUGAUCGAUUAUGAAUGACAAUUAAAAACAAAAAUAGCGGUAUCAACUGAAAAUAGUAAAGGUUAACAAGUCAAUUUAACUAAUAAACAAUCUUCGAGGGAUAUCUCCGAAUCUAAGAGAAACAGCGAGAUUUUUAUCAAUGCAUUUUUUCUCGCUGUCAGGAUUUUACCAAAAAAAAUGUAAAAAAAAUUUGAUUUAGAUUCAAAGAUAUUCCUCAAUAAACUGAUUAAGUAAUAACUUGACUUGUGGUCUUUUACCUCUUUAACAAUUCCUGAUUUAGGGAGAUGAAAUCAGAGAAUUAAGGGCUUUCCCUAAUAUUUCUAUAAUUUUUCUUUGUAAAUUGUGCUUUUUGUAGAUGAUGGAAUAUAAUUUGUAUAAAGUGAUAUUCUAUUCAUGAUUUGAUCAACUUUACGAUGCUCUUAACAAAAAAAGUAAUGUCUUACAAACAUCUUGAGAGCUCUCUUCAAUCUUUGCUUUGAAUUCAUAAUCUUCAGAGAUACGAUCCAGACCCAAAAGAAGAAUAAACUUUUUCAAUUCUUCAAUAUUUUCAAUGAUUUUUUUUGUAAUUUCUGAAUUACUAUUCGGUGUCCA